AUGGACCUACCAUCAGCAAAGAGGCACUACAGCGAUGAAGAGAAGAGACAGCUUAUAGCCAAUCUUGACAUCGAAGGUUCACUUAUCUUGCUGUUUCUGCAAGCGCCAAACAUUGACAACAACACCCUAGUCGCGCAUCGUACAAGACAAUUUGAAGCAUGGCUCACAGACAGGCUGGAAAACUUUACAAUCCAUCAGGAGGGACAGGUGUCAAGGAUUCCAAAGCAAGUCCGUGCCAUGACCAUGCGAGAGUUUGGGGAGAAAUACGAGGGGAAUAUCCAAUCAGCCUUACGUGGGUUUCAGAAGGAACGGCUGGCUGCGGCAGGGGCGGAUGCCACACUGGGUGAGAUUGACAAAAGUGUAAGAAAGAGGAAGUGGGUGGCCAGUCAGGAGGCAGAAACCGAGGCAUCCGGGUCAAGUCAACCGAAGGAGACUGAUCAUCGAGCACCUAAGAAUGCUCGAACGCAAUUGUCGUCUCCGAAGAAAGUUGCUGGAUCUUCAACUGGACCUGGGACUGCUCAGCGAGCGCGGUUGCUAACCUCUCUAAAGACACGCCACACUAUGACCCGUUUACCUCCACCAUCGCAUAGUCCGCAAAAGCAUCGACCACCGUUCAACAACACUACGUCAACCUACAAUCCUCGGCCACCCUCUCGUCCAGCGUCGCCACUCAAGCACACAGCCUCAAAACCAAGCACCAACUCGCAUGCGCAACAACCUCGCGUCCCUUCCAGUUCAACCUUCAACCCCACCCUUCCUCCUAAGACGCCAGCAUUCCCUCCUCGGCAUGGACACGACGAUCAGACUACUACCGUAAUGCGAUUACCAAGAAAGGACGAAGAUAUGCUCAGCGUCAAUGGGUCACCUCUAGCUAAUCCAUAUCAAUUUGGACUAGGCUGGUUCGGGGGAGUUGAUGCGCAGAUGGAGGAAGACUCUCAGGAAGAGACCAAUGGUACAAAUGGUGCUCGCACUCUAAAACGGACGAAGAGUAGCAUAGUCAUUCGACAGGAUCCCUCGGUGGCAUUAAGUGGCCUUCAUUCACGGACAGACUCCCAAGCCAGUUUUUAUACGGCAUCUUCCCAGACGGCAACAUCCUCAAGAGAGGAAUUGCAAGCCUCCACCCAACCGUUCUCAUCUCAACAAACCAGUCUUGGCGCUUUCCGCUUUCCUUCGACGCGUCCGAAUAAUAGCGACACCACUACACCACGUCCUAUGACCAAACAUACGAGAUCAUUUUCCGCAUUGGUUGCUAUUCCAACAAAAGACGGCCAUCUUUUGGAGUUUGACCCUCUUCAAACGUCGCCUGGUGCCUUGGACGCGCUGGAGGGUAUCUCGGAUAGCGCGAAAAAGCAGGCUAAAGCAGAAAUGGGAAGGUUGAUACAAGCUACUGUGGACAAGUGGAAGAUCCGAUGA